GUUGUUUUUCAGAUAGUAGAUACAUUGUCGCGUGAUACCGUCGUUAGUGUAAGGUUGGCGGUUUAUGAAGGGAUGCGUUAUCUCAUCACCGUUCCAGCUUGCUUAAAUGCCACUGAACAUGCGCUCAAAUGCAUAACACUGAAUGGAAUUAAUGACAAGAAUGAACGUGUACGAGUGGCCGCUUUCCAAAUGUUGAACAUGCUGAAGGGACAUCGAUAUAUUAGGGUAAUUAUCUUAGCACGUUUGCAAGUGGAAACUUCUGAGAGCGUGCGACGAGAAAUUGUUCCCGUUAUUUUUAAAGUAUGUAAGUAUUUGUUUGAUUUGUUAGAGGAAUUUACGGCACUACUCUCCGUUUUUAGUCAUUCUUUCCGGAUCGUGGACGUGCAGACCAGAAUGAAAGAAUGCGACGCAUAG